AUGACACAGGAGAUUUUGGCAGUAGAAUUCAAAGUCGUGAAGGAGCUAUAUAAUGGAACUUCAAGGCAAGCACGAUGCACAAAUAGUGGAGAAGUGAAUAUUGUUGUGCAUCAGACGCAGGAUUCACAAUGGCAGGCACUCGAAAGCAGUUUCCUGGAGCUAGACAAAAGGCAAAAAAGGCAAAUAUAUAUGGGAGCAGCUUCAGGAAAUUGGAAUGAGGCUUCAUCCUAUUUUAAAAUUCAUCCUUAUUGGUGGCGAAUUCCAUUAAGUGCUGUUGGAACAACAGCCCUACACGUUGCAGUGAGCAUGGAACAAACUAGUUUCAUAGAAAAGUUGAUGUAUUGUAUGAACAUGGAAGAUUUGGAAAAUUACAAGGUAGAAGGGAACACGGCCUUUUGUUUGGCUGCGAUAACUGGAAAUUUGAAAAUUGUUGAAAUUCUGUUUCGCAAGAAUGCAAGGUUGCUAUGGAUUAGAGACAAAAACCAUAUGCUUCCUAUUCAAUUAGCAUCUUCUGCAGGGCACAAUCAAUUGACAGAAUUCUUAUAUCUAAAGACUACAGAGGACCUACAAACCAAGCUAUCCUUCCCAGACAUUGUGAAGCUAUUUUUCUUGACCAUGAACAACAAUAUUUACUCCGUGGCAUCAAAAUUAUUGGAUAGCGAAUCAAAACUAGUUACUGUUGAAAACGAAGAGGGAUUAACACCUUUGCAAAUGCUUGCUCAAUCUUCCUUGUGCGAGGGAAAUAUUGCCCAUCAAGGAAUUGUCUGUUCGGUGUUUAAUGGAAUGGAAAGGGAGCAAGAGACUAUCAACCAUGCACAGGUGUCAAAAGCAAUGUUCGAUGCAGCAGAAUCAGGAAACAUUCGGAUUUUAAAACGUCUUUUUAAGUACCAUCCUGAUUUGCUAUUUGAAGUGAAUUCCAGCAAGCAAAGCUUACUUCACGUUGCUAUUCUUCAUCGGCAACAAUCUGUAUACCGACUAAUAUUAAGCAAGGGCGCUGCCAAGAGUGUUUUGAUACAAUUGGCUGAUAUAGAGGAUAACACUGUUCUUCACUUAGCUGCAAAGAUGACACAACCUAAAGAAAAAUCCGGAUUAACAGCAUACUAUGUCCUAAUGCGUAGUGAGGAGAGAUGGUUUCAGCAGAUUGUGGAGAAAAUAGUUCCACCUGCAAUGAAAACAAUGAGAAACAUAUAUGGUAAGACUCCUGGAGAAGUGUUCUAUGAGUCACACGAAGAGUUGCACAAAGAAUCAAUAUCAGGACUGCUAGCUGUGACAAAUACAUUGUUAGUGGUAGCAACUCUCAUCGUCAGCCUAGGGAUCACCGGAGCCAUGACCAUUCCUAUCGAGAAUAUUGAUGGUACAAAUACUCCUUUUUUUACGAGGAAGAUAUGGUACACGUUUUUCUUUCUAUCGGUUGCAUUUGGAACAUGCUUCUGUGUUUCAUCUAUGUUCUUCUAUGCUUCGGUUAUUCUUCCUUCAAGUUGGGCAAAACCAAAAGAAGAGUCUGUCCGCUUGCGGCAAACAAAGUUGGUAUUUGGGAAUGUGGCACUCUUCUGUUCUCUUGGACUCAUGUUCACCGCUCUAAUUUCCGCUUCAGUAUUGAUCUUUGAAUUCUUAUCAAGUUGGAUCCUGUAUUUCACUUGUGGACUUGGUUUAGUGGUGUUGAUCGUGCAUCUUACACUUGACUAUAAGCGAUGGAUUGGUAUUAUAAGCUCAGUGCUAUCUUAUUUGGAGGAUUCUCCUGGGAAGCGGGCAAAAUUGAUAUGGCCAAUCUACAAGAUCUAUCGUGUCUUCCUCAUAUUGACAAAGAAAAAGGCUUAA